AUGCUUGUUAUUCAAAAGGAGUUAAACUUGCUAAUUCUCUUUGCAUUAUUUUAACAAUCAGUUGGAAUAGUGUAGCUUAUUGGCGUUGGGAUGUUUCGAAUGAGGAAGUAUGUGGAAUUUGUAGAAAUUUAUUUGAUGGUUGUUGUCCUACUUGUAGAAUACCUGGCGAUGAUUGUCCACUCAGUUAA